GCUGACAUUCAAAAUUUUCGUGUUUUGUGUCUUGUGAUUUAUUUAUUAAGUGUGGUUAGGAAGUUAGGUUCAGAAAUCGAUAACAACAAAACAAAAAUCAAGUUGAUAUCUUAUUCAAAGCCAAAGCAAAACAUUAUUUUAAAUAUCUUUCAUAUUAUCAAUAGCUAGAUUUCUCAUUGUCAGAAUCGUGAAAAUAGAAUAAUGGCAGGGGUAGAUAUAGUUAUUGAAGAAAAGAAAGACGACGCCAUUGACAGACAAAAAAUCUGCCCUUUCCUACUGCGAGUAUUCGUAUCCUCCGGAGGGCAACACCACAAACCCUCCGACUAUAUGAAAGGCAACACCCCGCAAAACGAGCUGCAAAUCUACACGUGGCGAGAUGCCACUCUACAUGAACUCACGCAGCUGGUCAAAGAGGUGAACCCCGAAGCUAGGAGGAAGGGUACGAAGUUCAGCUUCGCCUCUGUGUACCCCGACAUGAGGCAGCCCUUGUACAGGGUGAGAGAAAUAGGCAGCACCAUGACGGGGGUCAAGGGACCCGAUGAUGUCAAGACUUUGGGGCUGUUGAGGCUGAACAUCGGGGAUUAUUUGGAUAUCGCUAUUACGCCCCCGGAUUCUUGGAAUUCGGUCAAGCGGGGGUAUUCUAAUAAUUACAACACGAACAAUUACAACGCGAAUAAUUACAACGCGAAUAAUUACAACACGAAUAACUAUAAUAUGAAUAAUAAUUAUAAUAAUAGAUCUAGGCCAUACUGAUUUUCUCUGUAUAAUGUAUCAUCUCAAUAAAGUUAUUUUUCCGUCU